AUGCUGGAAGACUUGACCGUCAGGCUUCCUUUGAUUGAUGCGAUCCAAAUGAUGCCUUCUAUGCGCAGCUUUCUGAAGGGGUUAAUCUCAGGGAAGAUAUCCGAGGAUUGUGAAUUCAUGAUUGUCCUUAAGGAGUGCAGUGCAGUGUUUCAGAACAGGCCGAUAAAGAAGCUGGGAGAUCCUAGCAAGUUUGUUCUCUCUAUCCAGAUUGGGAAGACAGUUUUCUCCUGCUCCCUAGUUGAUCUGGGAUCCAGCGUAAACCUCAUGCCCUACUCAGUGGCAAGACGUCUGGGAUUCACGCACUUCAAACCAACCAGGAUGUCCUUAGUGUUCGCGGACAGAUCAGUCAAGUCUCCAGUCGGUAUCCUCGAAGAUCUCCAAGUAAGAGUUGGGAACGCCACUGUUCCUGCGGAUUUCGUAGUUCUGGAGCUCGUGGAGGAAUCCAAGGAUCCUCUCAUCCUAGGAAGACCAUUCUUAUGCACUGUUGGUGCUAUAAUUGAUGUGCAGCAAGGGAAGAUCGAUAUCCAUCUAGGAGACAUCGUGAUGCAGUUCAAAAUGAAUGAGUUGCUUAAGAAACCAAUACUGGACUGA